GAGAGACUGCUCAGGACUGAGGGAAGGAAGAAUGCAGAUAAAUAAAUGUGUGUGUGUGUGUUUCAGGACUGCUUUGUGUGUGAGUGUUUUGGAGAUGGGAGAUCAUUGGACCCCACAGGCAACUGUGAUGAUGAUGUCAGACCCUUGUCUCGACUCAAAAGACCUGUCGAGCAUUUCACAUAUCAGUGUGUCCCACCAAACGCACAUACACACACUCCCCUCCACACACUCCUACAGUGUGCUGAAUGCCUUCUGUACCGAGGAGAACAUCCCACAGUGUGUCCUCUACAUUAAUCAGGAAACCAGCUCUCUGGGUCUGUGUGGUGUGUGUGUGGAGUCUAGGAGUGGCUGUACUUCUCUCAGUGCUGUACCUGCCCUAAACCUGCUGUAUGAGCUCCUUCAACUGCACAGGAAACAACAGCGCACCCUGCAGGAGCUUGAGCUCCGACAGCUGAAGAGCUGCAGUGAUGUGGAGCACCUGCAGCACAACAACUCCCGCCUCAAAGACCAGCUGGAACACACCCGCAGGGAAAACUCGGGUCUUCAUGAAGGAGAUCGUCAGCUGCACCUAAAGAUCAGGACACUGCAGAGCUGCUUGAAGUCUGAGAAAGAAGAAGUACAGAAGCUCCAGAGCAUCAUUGCUAGUCGUGCCACUCAGUAUAGCCACGAUGCUAAACGCAAAGAGAGAGAGUGCAUCAAACUGAAAGAACGUCUGAACCAGCUGCUCGUGGACAAGAAGGAUAAAAAACUUGCAAUUGAUGUGGUGAACUGUGUAAGUCGCUCUGAUGGGAAGAGAGGAAUGUGGAAGACCAGCAGAAUGGAGGCGAGACAUGAGGGUGAGAUGUACCGAGCUCUUCUGAGUGAUUAUGAAGUCAGACAGCAGGCUCUGAUGCAAGAGAAUUCUGAGUUGAAGAAGCUGCUGCAGCACAUUAAGAAAGACAUGAUGACUAUUCUUAGUCCAAAGACACACUGCAGUAGGACAGAGGACAGUCUGGACCAGGUGAACUCUGAGCCUGAGGAGGAUUGUGAGGAAUGCAGUAAGGAAAAUCUGGAUCAGAUGUGUGUGGACGCACGAGAACAGCUGACAAACAGCAUACGUUUGCAGUGGAGAAGACUCAAGAACCACAUGCAUGCACUCGACACACAAGUGUCUCAAGAAGAUGUGAUCUCCAGGAGGGACCAUGAAGAGGCCAUGCAGGCCAUCAGACUAGAACUGCAGGAGUGUACAGAGUUUAUACACACACAGCAGCAGCUACUCCAGCAGCUGGUCUCUCCAUGUGAUGAAGACACUGCAACUCUGUUAAAUGAUGGAUACACACUAGAGGAAAAAGAACGACUGAAGGACGAGUGGAGGAUCUUCAAUGAGCAGAAAAAGACCUUUGAAAGAGAAAGAAAAAACUUCACUGAGGCUGCAAUCCGUUUGGGGCAUGAGAGGAAGGCCUUUGAGGAGGACCGGGCCUUGUGGCUGAAGACACAGUUUUUAAACAUGACCCCAUUUAUAGAUCGAAAACGACCUGCCACCUCUCACAGCCAAUCAUCACUCAAUGCUGAAGCCAAAGUGGUGUCUACUCCAGCUCCCUCAGUCAGGAGUGUGACCCAGUCUGUUUACUCCACCCCUAAAUCUGCCUCUGUGAGUCUGCCCUCCACUGCCGAGCUUUACCGCACACUGCAGCUCUGUCCUGAUGCCAGGAGUUACAGCAGAUGCAGCAGCAGCAGCAGCAGCACUGAGACCUCAUCGAGUGACGCUUCUGCUGCACACACACACUGAACCAGAACACACACUUCAUAUACACACACUGAACCACAACACACACUCCAUAUACACACACACUGAACCAGAACACACACACUCCAUAUACAAACACUCUGUAAAUACACACGGAACCACAACACACACUCCAUAUAUACACUCCAUACACUGAACCAGAACACACUCCAUAUACACACACACUGAACCAGAACACACACUCCGUGUAUACACACUGAAAGUGAAUACAAUAGCUUUAAAUCUAAGUGACAGUUUCUCAGAUGUUUACAUGUUUAUUGACCUGAACACAGUGGAUGCAGGUAUGAAUGAUGAUUUAUAUAAUAAUAAUAAUAAUAAUAAUAAUAAUAAUAAUAAUAAAAGAACACCAUCUCUUUUAUUCGCAUGCUAAAGCAUUAAACUGGAGGGGAAAUUUCUGAGUAAAUAUGAGAGUAUUUAAUUUGCCAUUGUGUCGUCAGAGGAAUUCUAGGCCUAUUUUUGCAGUAGUUUUGUACAUAUGACAUUUGUAAACUUUGCAAAUGUGUGUAAUUUAUAUUAUACUUUUUUUUAAGUGAACUACACACUGCUUUAUUAAACACUGCAGUUAUAAUAUACUGUGCAGUACAGUGCUGUUUGGUUUAGGAGUAUGUGUUUUGAUUUAAAGUCUUUUUGUAGAUACAACAAAGAAAUAAAGGAUGAAUUUAAUUAUUAAA